AUUCGCAAAAAAAAAAAGGAGGAGGAGAGAAAAUUGAUCAGUUUUGGGUUUCACAAGAGGAAGUUGGAAGUUUGGCACCUCGUCCGAUUUGUCCAUGGGACGAGCGAGCGAGCGCGAAUAAAUAAAGCGAGAGUCGAUCGAGAUGCCUGCUUUUACCACCGCCGCCCCGGCCAUCCGCCUCCACCUCCGUGCCUCCCCUUCAUCCUCGGCCGCCGCUUCGUCCUCCUCCGCCGCCGUUUCCCGCCGCCGCUACGCUCCCCUUCGCUACUCCUACUCCACAUCAGAGAUGGAGGGAAGUGCUGGCACUGCCAUGUAUCCACUGCACCGCUCCAAGACCAUACACCUGGUCAGGCAUGCCCAGGGCAUCCACAAUGUGGCCGGCGAGAAGGAUUACAACGCCUACAUGUCGGAGGAGCUGCUUGAUGCGCAACUUACCCCUCUGGGCUGGGCCCAAGUUGAUUGCCUGCGACAGCAUGUGACAAAAUGUGGACUAGCAAAAAAAAUUGAGUUGGUUAUUACUUCUCCUCUACUGAGGACUAUGCAAACUGCAGUGGGGGUCUUUGGUGGUGGGAACUAUACUGAUGGAAUAGGUGCAUCACCAUUAAUGGUAGAAGGUGCUGGACAGAGUGCACGUCAAGGGAUUUCAAGUUUGAACUGCCCACCGUUUCUAGCAGUUGAGGCCUGCAGGGAGCACAUGGGUGUUCAUCCCUGUGAUAAGAGGAGCAGCAUCACAAAAUACCAUACUCUUUUUCCGGCCAUUGAUUUUUCCUUGAUAGAGAAUGAUGAAGAUGUUCUUUGGAAACCAGAUGUCAGAGAGGCAAAUGAGUCUGUUGCUACUAGGGGCAUGAAGUUCAUUGAUUGGUUAUGGACAAGAGAAGAGAAAGAGAUAGCUAUUGUCAGCCAUAGUGGUUUCUUAUAUCACACCUUAAACAUGUAUGGUAAAGAGUGUCAUCCAACCAUAGCAGAGGAACUGGGCAAGCACUUUAACAACUGUGAGCUCCGGUCGAUGGUGUUGGUCGACAGAAGUAUGCUUGGAUCGGGCACCCCUACAUGCAAUUUCCCAGGGAAGAUACCGGAUGGACUUGACCUUCCUAGCGAUGUCGCGGAUGAGAAGCACGUCGAGGAAGCUGGGAAGAACUGAGACUGUUGCGAGUGCAUGGAUGUCUUUGAUUCCUUUGUCAAACCCCAGUUCUGACUGACAAUAUUCAACUCUGAAAUAGAAGUGAAGAUCAGCAACAUCUACGGAUAGGGCUUACUGUCUGUAGCUCUGAAGUAGGAUGUUUGUUACUCCCUCCCAUCCGUAAAAAAACUGCUCAAUUUUGUCUAGAUAUGGAGAUAUAUAGACAUACAUCCAUAUCUAGAAAAAGUUGAACAGCUUUUACGGGGGGAGUAUAUAAUUUGUUGUCUUAACACGUACCUAAAUUCAUGGGAAUAAGGAUGGUUUAUACAUGUAUUGACACAGCUUUCUGUGACUUGUUCUGUGGCUUUUACUGUUUUAGGUAACAAAGAUCAGAUUUCUUAUUGCUAUUUUUAAAAUA